CCUGACGAUUAUUUUAUAUAACAACCUAUAAGCACGAUACAUCGUGCCUAUAAGCGAAAUUUAAUUUAUAUAUUAGUGACUUAUUUACAUUGCGUAGUGUUUUUUUUUGUUUUAUAAGCUAUGUAGCUGCAUGGUUUACUGGAGGAUUUGUUAAAAAUAUUCAGAGGAUCAAGAAAACAUGGAUUUACUACAGGAACUAAUUCUUGUAUCGGAAAAAGCUGCCAACGUAGCGAGAAUAUGCCGCCAGGAUCAUCAUCUGUUUCAAUUGUUAGUGCAAAAGAAAAAAACGGACGAAUCGAACCCACGAUUUGUUGAAGAUUUCAAGACUCUAGCCGAUGUACUUAUACAGGAAAUGGUCAAACACGACAUUGGAAACAAAUUUCCAGGGCUUGCCAAUGACAUAAGAGGAGAGGAAAACAAUACUUUUUGUAAUAAAUUGCAAGAAUCAAUUACUGUUCAAGUAAUGGACACAGUGAGUGAUACAUCCAAUUUACUGCAACAAGUCUUGAAUGGGGAUGAACAUGCUGCAGAACUUUUGGCAAAAGAAGUUCAUGCAGAAAUUAAAAUGGACGAUGUGAAUACUGAGAAAGAUUUUAAACCUUUCGAGGUGGAUAUCGAUAAUGUUGGGAUAUGGAUAGACCCAAUAGACUGUACUGGAGAAUAUAUAAACGGAGUGGAUGUGGAGUUUGAAAAUAACAUUUAUUUAUCAGGUCUUCGCUGCGUUACUGUUUUAAUAGGAGUAUACGACAAAACCACCGAGCUUCCAAUAAUAGGAAUUAUCAACCAACCAUUUUUAGAGAAAAAUGGUUUAAAAUGGCGCGGCCAGUGCGUUUGGGGAGUUUCAACGGAUUCUUGCAGAAAAUCUUCCAUACAACUUUCCAGUCCUAGAAACCGUAUUAUUAGCAUGAGCAGCAGCGAAAGUGUCGAAGUUAAAAACAAAUUAUUAGAAAAGGGAUUCAAACUUGCGGAAGCCUCAGGGGCAGGAUACAAGAUUCUCACUGUAAUUUUAGGUCAUGCUGACGUAUAUUUAUUAUCGAAAGAUACAACUUUUAAAUGGGACACUUGCGCUCCACACGCCAUCCUGAAGUCUCUCGGGGGAAAUUUAUUAAUUUAUGAGGACGCGCUAAGGAAUACACAAUCUUCCAUUAAGUAUCCCACAGAAACUGCAGACUGUAAUCACAGUAAUCGUGGAGGACUAAUAGCUUAUAAGGAUGUUGAUGUUCUUAACGAAGUUUUGAGCCAUUUGACUUAAAAAAAAUACGCUGUGUCUACAGUCCCGAUGCGGGACUUAAGUUCGAUCCCGACUAAAGUAAUAAUUUCAAUUACAUUAUAUUCAUUUAAUUACAUUAUAU